CGGCGGCACCAUGUUCCUCCACUCCGUCAAUCUCUGGAACCUGGCGUUUUAUGCCCUCAUGGUCUUCAUGGCCACCCUGGGGCUGUGGGACGUCUUCUUCGGUUUCGAGGAGAACAAGUGCAGUAUGAGCUACAUGUUUGAGUACCCGGAGUACCAGAAAAUAGAACUUCCAAAGAAACUGGCAAAACGCUAUCCCGCAUAUGAAUUAUAUCUUUAUGGGGAAGGAUCCUAUGCUGAAGAGCACAAAAUUCUCCCUUUGACGGGUAUUCCUGUUCUCUUCCUUCCUGGUAAUGCUGGAAGUUAUAAGCAAGUUCGUUCUAUUGGCUCUAUUGCACUUAGAAAAGCAGAAGACAUUGAUUUCAAGUACCACUUUGACUUCUUCAGUGUGAAUUUCAAUGAAGAACUAGUGGCACUGUAUGGUGGAAGUCUUCAGAAGCAGACCAAGUUUGUACAUGAAUGCAUUAAAACAAUUCUCAAACUCUACAAGGGUCAAGAAUUUGCUCCAAAAAGUGUGGCAAUAAUUGGUCAUUCUAUGGGUGGCCUUGUUGCAAGAGCAUUGCUUACACUGAAAAAUUUUAAACAAGAUCUGAUCAAUCUUCUUAUUACCCAAGCCACACCUCAUGUUGCUCCUGUGAUGCCGUUAGACCGUUUCAUUACAGAUUUUUAUAUGACUGUAAACAAUUAUUGGAUUCUAAAUGCUAGACAAAUAAAUUUAACCACGCUUUCUGUAGCUGGAGGAUUCCGGGAUUACCAAGUUCGUUCAGGACUGACUUUUCUACCAAAAUUAAGCCAUCAUACCAGUGCCUUAUCUGUUGUGAGUUCAGCAGUGCCUAAGACCUGGGUCUCAACAGACCACCUGUCCAUUGUGUGGUGUAAACAAUUGCAGUUGACCACAAUUCGAGCAUUCUUUGAUCUUAUUGAUGCUGAUACUAAACAAAUAACUCAAAAUCCCAAGAAGAAAUUGUCGGUGUUGAAUCACCACUUUAUAAGACACCCAGCAAAACACUUUGAGGAAAAUCCAUCAAUAAUUUCUGACUUAACAGGGACAUCUAUGUGGGUUCCAGUAAAAGUUUCCAAAUGGACCUAUGUGGCUUACAAUGAAUCUGAUAAGAUAUAUUUUACAUUUCCCCUUGCAAAUCAUAGAAAAAUCUACACUCAUGUCUAUUGUCAGAGCACCAUGCUGGAUACAAAUAGUUGGAUUUUUGGCUGCAUAAACAGCACUUCUAUGUGCCGGCAAGGGGUUGAUUUAUCAUGGAAAGCUGAGCUGCUGCCAACAAUUAAGUCUCUGACAUUAAGACUUCAAGACUAUCCAUCUCUGUCUCAUCUUGUUGUUUAUGUACCAUCUAUUCAUGGAAGCAAGUUUGUUGUAGAUUGUGAAUUCUUUAAAAAAGAGACAAGAUCCAUACAACUUCCUGUAACUCAUCUUUUUUCCUUUGGAUUAUCUUCAAGGAAAGUGAUAUUAAAUACAAGCGGCCUGUUUUAUAAUAUAGAGCUUCUGAACUUUGGACAGAUAUACCAGGCUUUUAAAAUCAACGUGGUAAGCAAGUGCUCAGGAGUCAAAGAAGAAAUUACUAGUAUUUAUAAACUUCAUAUUCCCUGGUCUUAUGAAGAUUCAUUAACCAUUGCACAGGUUCCAUCUACCACAGAAAUUUCUGUGAAACUCCAUAUUGCUCAACCAGAAAAUGACAGCCACGUAGCAUUAUUAAAAAUGUACACGUCAUCAGACUGUCAGUAUGAGGUGACAGUUAAGACUUCCUUUUCACAGAUACUUGGACAGGUAGUCAGGUUUCAUGGUGGAGCGCUUCCUGCUUACGUUAUAUCUAGUAUCCUUCUUGCUUAUGGAGGACAGCUGUACUCUCUUUUCUCAGCAGGUCAUUGCUUAGAAUAUGCUACUAUGUUGGAUAAAGAAGCCAAACCAUACAAAGUUGAUCCUUUUGUAAUUAUGAUUAAGUUUCUGUUGGGAUAUAAAUGGUUUAAAGAAUUAUGGGAUGUGCUAUUGUUACCAGAAUUAGAUGCCAUCGUUUUAACUAGUCAGAGUAUGUGUUUCCCCCUUGUGUCCUUGAUUCUCUUUCUGUUUGGAACAUGUACUGCCUACUGGGGUGGCCUUCUCUCUUCUACAUCUGUGAGACUCCUUUCUUCAUUGUGGCUAGCUUUGAAAAGGCCUUCUGAACUUCCUAAAGAUAUCAAGAUAAUAUCACCAGACUUGCCCAUUUUGACAGUUGUUCUAAUCAUAGUUAGUUGGACAACUUGUGGAGCAUUUGCCAUACUUCUUACUUAUCUUUACUAUGUGUGUAAGGUUGUUCACUUGCAAGCCAGCCUAACAAUUUUUAAAAAUAGCCAGACUGUGAAUCCCAAACACUCUAGAAGAAGUGAAAAAAAGUCCAAUCACCAUAAAGACUCCACAGCACAUCCUCUUCGUUUAUCUGCCAGUGAUGCUGAAGACAGUCUUCGCAUGCACAGCACUGUGAUUAACUUACUGACAUGGACUGUGUUACUCAGCAUGCCAUCUUUAAUUUACUGGUUAAAGAACCUUAGGUAUUACUUUAAACUUAGUCCUGAUCCAUGCAAACCUUUGGCAUUUAUCCUUAUUCCAACUAUGGCACUUCUUGGAAAUACUUACACUGUUUCAAUAAAAUCAAGUAAAUUGUUGAAGACUACUUCACAGUUUCCACUUCCUCUGGCUGUUGGUGUGAUUGCUUUUGGGUCGGCACACUUAUACAGGGUUCCAUGCUUUGUCUUCAUUCCACUUUUACUCCAUGCAUUAUGCAACUUUAUGUAAGAUUGGAUUUAAGGAAUGAUAAAGAUGAUUUUUGUCUUUAGGGCCAGUAAUAAGUGGGAACGUACAGAUCAUCAAUGUAGACAGCAAGAUCCUUUGGAGAAGACAAGUCUAUUUUUACAAUAUUGAAAAUAGGAAAUUAGUUUUGUAAUGCUUGAGGAAAGUAGUUGAUGCAUGGUUUUGUUUUGUGAUGUGACAUCUGUGUACUAGUCAUUUUUGAAAAAUUAGUAAAAAAGAUAAGGUGGCCACUGUCUUUGAGGACUCCUCUGUGUAUUAGCUAGUCUGCUUGACUGGCCAUGCCAGGGGUUUUCUAAAUACUCAGUAAAUGUAACAUUUGUAUUCUCACCUCAAGCAUUCUGCUCAUUUCAUCAAACUCUCUUCUGAAAAGUGGGUUAGUUUGUAUUUGCUACAGUAUACACAUUGGGAAAAAAAAAGUCUUAAAAGGUUAAUGAAAUUUACAACUGUUUGGUUUCUCAAAAAUGAAAUAGCUACAGUCUAUAGUUACUUUUUGACAGCUGCAGUGAACAAAGUAGACAUUUUGUUUUCUUACAUCUAUGAAAAUAGAACUUUCAAUUCUAAGGAGACAUGUUUUCUUGGUAACCAAGCAAGAUUGAUGAAUAGAAACAUAAUUCAAACUCAAAACUUAGUGAAAUUUUCUUGUUACUUCUCAAAUAAGAAUCUUACUUUGUAUACUUAGUGAGUAUCAGGAGACUAUUGAAAAGAUCAAUUGCUAAAUGUAAAGAAAAUUCUCAUAGAUAUUACUUACUGGCAUUGGAGCAGUUCGGUUGUUCAGUCUCUAUACCAUUUUCUUUAAUUCAUUGACCCCAUGGUUGCCAAAAGUGCCUCGGGUCAUGAGGGAUUGUUAAAAUAAUUAAAUUCCAGUGGUCAGAAAAAACUCUAGAUACGCAGUUUUAUCCACUGUGGAAGAAAUCAGUAUGAUCAAAUGCAGUGCCACGUUCAAUGUAUAAUAUUAUACUAUUAAUGGAAGAACGAUGGACAGACUGUUACCGCAUUAAUAGCAUAAGUAUAAACAAUAUACCUAAACAGAUUGGAGGGUUUAGCCACUAGGUUUAACAGUAGAAUCUUAAUUUGCCAAAGUGAUUACUGUUUGAUAAGAGAGUAAUAUUUCUAUUUUAGUUCAGAUUUCAGCUCACUUUUAGCUAUAAAGGAGGAGGUAGGUAAUGGAGCAAGGUAUCUUCGCUUUAAGGUGGAAUAAACUCAGGCUGGGGGGUACCUAGGUGACAGAGCCCUUCCUUUACAUGUGUGUGCUGUGAAUACCCCGAACCUCUGAAGAACAGUCCUUAAAUCCCAGUAACUCCACAGUUGCACCUGGAACUUGUGUCCCUGUUAGUACCCGGGGUGUCCUGGAGUACCAGGUUCAUUUACCUGCUGUUGCAUCUGGCUUCCAUUACAGCCUCUCAGCUGUUACUGCCUACUAGAGGGUCACCCCUGCUUUACUACCUGUAGCAGGUUACCUCACUUCUUUUCUCAGUUGUUCCUCAGGUCCUUGCUGUUUUGGCAUCAGUUGAAGAGGGUCUUGCUGUCAUCUCUGUGGGUUGUAAGUUUGAUUCCAUUGUUGUCGUUCCCAAUUCGUGUUCAGUAUUGGUAUUUUCACUUACUGAGGUCAUUAAAGGAAAGUGGUAGCCUCAUAAUAGACAUGGCAAGCAUACUAAGCUCUUGUUUGUUUGAGGGAAGUGGCAAAAGGCAUAAAAUACAGAAUGCCUGUGUGUUCAAUAUCUAAAUGGAAAGAGAAUUUAUUGGAUUAUAUACUUUCCCAUGACGUACCACAUAUAUAGUUAAGUAAGGACGCAUCUGCCUAGGUUUAGCUGUACGGACACUCAUAAACAACUUUUGUGUAUAGGUGUCCUAUUUUUUUCACCCCUGUUAUAGUUGUAUUUCAAGUUACAGGUUAAAUGUGUCAUUUAUUUCUGAAAUUGAAUUUAGGUCCAUACACUGAAAGAACUUAAGAAAAUUCAUUAAUUUGAAUCUUCUGUUGACAGCCAUAAUCAUUACGUGUAUUUGACCUAAGUCUCCUUGUUUAGUCAUUGCUGAAUAAAAUGUAACAAGCUUAAAUUUCUCAUUUGUGAGUAGUACGUUAGCUUUUUAAAGCAGCAGACUAGGCACCCUAAUUUUCACAAAAAUAUUUUCAUGUGAGUGUAGUUAUCAUGAAGUUCCAAAGUCUUAUUUAUUUCAACAAAAUGUUCAUUUUAGGACUACAAAAAGUGUUCUAAUUAAACAUACUAUAAACAACAGUGUUUAGGGGUUUUGUAUAUAUAAAAUACAGACACAUAUUUUGACAGGGUCUUCAUCAAGUCCUACUGCACUUUAAACUCAACUACAGAGAUGAGAAAGUAGCCUCUGUCUGAAGAUUAGCAAAACUGAUGUUUCUGUCGCUUGGGAAAAGGAAAAUACUUUGUCUUUAAAUUACACAUUAUUUCUACCAUGCUUGCAACCUAUAUUAUUAGCUGGCAAAACAGCACAGGUUUAUUCGCAAUGUUACUAAAAAUAAAUUUGUUUAUAGGCAGUUAAGGGUUAUCUAAUUUAACAAACUUCUGAGCUCUACUGUUAUAACAUUGUUAUUUAGAAUUUUUUGAGUUUAGAGUAAGUUUUGUACUUAUAAAAAAUUACUCCUGGACUCUAUUACUAGAUAAAUAUGGACUGGACAGGGACAAACCCUGAGUACUUUCAGUGUUUCUAAAGACUCCUCUGGAGUUAUUGCUGUUAUAAUUUGAAACAGAUAAUAUGAUAAAAAUCAUUAAUGCUCUUUUUUUCAGCAUCUUUUUCAUGCCAAAAAUUACAAAGGUUCUGGUAGCUCUUUUCUUGGUUGUCACCAGAAUGGAAAUAUUUUAAACAGUAGUCCUAAAAAAAAAAAUCUGUGCCUGAUUAACAUUCAUUUUAAGUCUCUUCAAUAUGUAUUGAUCAUGUAUUGCUUAAUCUUCAAUUUUUUUCAUAUUUUGAUCAGGUAAAUUCAAAUGUCUGUGAUGGAGUAUGUUUUCUUGUUUGAAUUACUAUACUAUCUACAUGAUUAUACAAUUAGGAAGAAGAAACAACUAGUAGGUCUAGUAAAUGUUUGUUGUGAUUAUCCUAUCACUCAUGCAGAUGGUACACAUCUCCCCUAAACACACAUUCUUACGUGAGGUUAUCUUUAUCAUUAUCUUUUUCUUAACUCUUUAGUCUUUUCACUUACAGCAUAGUGUAUUCUUUUCACCUCACUACUCAUUAGCCCCUCUUACAGAAGGUAGUCAAGGGAAAUAAACUUAAUUAAAGAUAAAACUCAAUUUUCAGUUUAGUUCUUGAAAGCUCUGGGAAAAAUGGGGAAAACACAAAGAUAAUGAGAGAAACUAGGGUUGUUGAUCCCCGAAUUCCCAGACAUUUCAGUUGGCCUCUAUUUUCACCUUAAGCAUUAGGUCUGAAUUAAUGUAAUUAUCUUGCUUUAUUAUGAGAUUUAGUGCAGAACAUUACAUUGUUGCAUUUGCAAUUUUAGUAACUAUUAAACUCAGUUGGGAAAAAUAAAAAAAUGUUUUGAGACUAUGACUAAGGCAUUUGUUGAUUAUUUUUUAUCAUCACUUUUUGUUUUCUCUGUAGUUUAGUUUUGUGAACUUAUAUACCAUAGGAAACAACAUACCUUGGGAAGUUUUGGGGGAAAAGUCAAUUUGGAGAGCAUGGCACUCUCCAGGAUAAAGGAAGCAAUAAAAUUAUCUUUGUAUUAUGAAAUUAAACUCAGAUAGAAAACUUCUUGCCACAUAAGGUAAAUGUAGAAGAUACUUUUACGAAAUAGUAAGAUGAUUGAAAGCUAAAAUUUUAUCCCAGUGUUUUUGUAUAAUGGACAUUUCAAGUUCUGUACUGAACUCUUACUUAUAUAUGUUACUUACGCGUUCUUUCACAAUGUAUUUUAACAGCCUGUGGAAAUAGAAAGAUUGUAAGGCUACUCGCCUUCUUUACUUUUAAUAAGGAUGAUAGGAAAGAAAAGUCAGGUCAGUAGUCCAAAUCAAAAUAUGUGUACUGUAAAUGCUCAAGAAAUAACAUUUUUUUGAUAAAUUAUAUCAUCAAUACAUGAUGACUGAAUUAUAUAUAUUAAUAACUUAGUUUUAAGAAUGGAAUAAAAUUUGGGAAUUAUGAGAAUAGACUGCUAAUUUCAUUUAUAGUAGAAAUAUAACAGUACACCUGAACUGGCAAUACCACUUUCAAAAGUUAGAUUAUAUUCUAAGCUCCAUCUUGAUUACGUUGCUAUAGUUGAAAAAUUUUAAAUCAAGUACAGUACUUUCUAAAAGUGUUCGGCAUGUUAUACUGUCAAAAAUGUGUUUUGAAUACCAAGUAACCAGUUGAUUUCUGAUGACUUUGUAUAGGACUUGAUACAUGUGAGUCAGAUUUUGUCUGCGCUCAUUCUGUACAUUGUAACUUUGAACACUUAGGAAAAACUGCAUCUGUUGAUAUAUUUUGAUUAGUGUAAAUUUGUUUGCAUAUUUGAAUUCUAAUCUUACUUUAGGAGGUCUAAAAGUAGCCAUUUUUGUAAAGUUCAUAUGCUUUUAUUUUUAGUGUUAUUUUGGUUUUUAGUAUUUAUACAGUAGAAAUGUUACUAGUAAAAGAUUUAUAGACAAAGCAUAGAACUAUUAACUGUUCGAAAGCCUAAGUGAUAGGCAUAUUUUGUAUUUCAUGCUGCACUUGUUUUGUCUCAUACUGGACUUUUUACAUCCCUUUUUCAGGAAAAAAGACACGUUUGAAUUUUUUAGCGUAAAACUCUACAUUGGAAAAUAGAACUGUAUUUAUAUGGUUAGCAAAACACACUUUGCCACCAAAGCUAAAUGAAACUGUAAAAUACCUCCAGAUAUUUGUGCCAAUGAACUUUUCUUACCAUAUUGGGAUUAAAACAAAAAUAGUUUUUUCAGUAUUUUUCAUCUAAGACAUAUUAAAUACGUAAAUCAUCAAAACUUAUAUUCCAUACCCUAAUUUUUCUUUGAAAAUAUAUAAGGCUUAUAGUAUAUUCUGUUUUGGCUAAUUUCUGGAAUAAUGUUUUCUGGCUUUAUUGGGUGAAAUUUAGUUUACCCAAUAAUGACCUUUCAGUAAUUAGUUGAAGAAAUCACUUAAGUAAUCUUGCUUCCAAUUGAUUCUGUAAAACUUUAAAUUCUGUUGCCCAGAUCAUUUUUAGUACAAGUGUCUCUCAUUUAUGUAAUACAGAGUUUACUGUGGAAUUUUUUUGUUUUCAGUGCAUUUCCGUUCAGUCCCUUUAUACAAUCAUGUUUCACAGGGGAGAAUUAUCCCCUAGAACCUAGCAUAGUACAAUGAGGUAAACAUAACAAAGUAAACAUUGUAAAAUGCAUCUUAAAGGAAAAUAUAAAAACAAUCAGAACGUAAGUGCUAUAGUGUUAACAUUGAUAUGGUAGUGCACUCAUGAAAGAAAAGCAGAAAUACAAUAGACUCAGAACCUCUGGUGUUUAUCUGGUUGAAAUUCUUUCAUUUCUCCUAUAGAAAUCUUCACAGGGAAUUUCAGUCCCUCAUGUUAAAGUUUUCCCUAUCAUUUAAUGUCACUUAACUUUUUCUGCCCAGUAAUGUUGAUGCAAUUUGCAUAAGUAGCCUUGGAAGUAAAGAGGCAGCAGAGAAAGCCAAAUAUUAAAAUGCUUGACCUUGAUUUAGUUACAGUUUAUCCAAUUAUCUGGUGGGGGUGGGGGUGAUAUUGCUAAAAAGAUGAUAUACAAGACCUACAUAUCAGCGAACAUCAUUUUUGGAAUGAAUUGUUUGUUUUGAAUAAGUUUAUCCUAAGUAGGAGAUGCCUGUGUUUAACAUAACCAAGCUUUUACAUAAUCAAAUACGUAUUUGUUGAAAUAUUGGUAGAAAUAGUCUACCACUAUAGAGGGGGAAAAUACCCAGUAUUUUAGUGUAUAUAAAUUAGGAAGUUGUAGUGUAUAUUUACAUUUUUUAAAAUAUAAAAGUGACUUCAAUAUAUUAUUUUGAAGUGAUUGUAUUACCAUUUCUUAAACUUACGACUGACUGUAAAUGUAGCAACAUACCCGUGAGAAACCAGACCAAAAUUGAAUGCAUAUUAUCACUGUGACCUUGAAUUUAUAGUCAUUUGGGAUAAAACAGACUGUGCCUUAAAAUAAUGAAGGGGUGCCCUGCAAUUUUAUAACUGCAUACUUAUUAUGGGUGGUCUUCUCAAGCCCCAAAUCAGCCCCAAAUCCUUUUCUUUGAGGUUGGUGAAAUAAAAGUUAGUCAGUAUUUCUCUUAAUGUUUGCUGAACUAUUGCUCUAGAGGUCUCCCUUAAUUUCCAGAGUUCCCAUUUUGAAUUAAAAUUGACUUACACUUCAUAGAUGUAGAAAAUGAAAGUUUAGCUAACAUUUUGGAAAAUAAAUUUAUUUUAUGAGAAGGUGGUGGCACUUCUGAACUUGUUACACAUGGAAAAGUUAAUCUUAAAAAAUAAUUUUUUUGUCUUUUAAUGAAUAGUGAACUCUUCCCUAAGAGCUAUACUUAUUUUCCCCUAGAUUAUUGAGGCUUGUAUUUGUAUAUCAAAUAAAGUUAGUUUAGUCAAUAAUGAUUUUUCAGUAAUUACAUAGAAACUCAGAUUCAUGUUGUAUAUGUUUAAACAUUAUUUUCCCUUUUACUUUUCCCUUCCUAUUUUUAAGGUAUCAAGAGAGAACUGGCUCCAGUUUUGUUUUGUUUUAAUGUAAAGACUUGCAUAUUUACUCUGCUUAUUUAAAAUGAUGGAUAUAAUUUCUAUUAAAACAGAUUAUUCCAUUCCUAGGACAUUCAUGGUCUUUGUUAAAAGAUGCCCACAUCUCUGUGUACUCAGAAUUUUUUGUGAAUUUUUCAAUUUCAGUUUUUAACAUAAACUCAACACAUUUCUUUCUUCUCAUUUCACCUCCACUAUCUCCCAUCAAAGACAAAAAUACAGGUUUCUCUAAAAGUGUGUAGAAAGAAAACAUGUCUUUCCUUAAAACAUGGUCAAAUUGAGAUGGAAAUAGUUUGGGCAAGGGUAUGUAAUAAAAUAAAAUUCAUGGCUGUCAACCUGCAUCAGUUUCUAUAUUAUAGUUAAAAGUUUAUAGAGGACAAACUAUGUGUUAUGCUGAGAUAGACUCAGUAAUCAUUUAUUUGCAAAUUGAUAAUUUUGUUCUCAUCCAAAAAAAUGCAGUGCAUAGUAACAAUACUUAACAGUGCAAAGGAACUUGUCCUAUAAUAUAUACUGAAAAAUGAUUGUCACCUUGCAGAUUUUUCGAUUUAAACAUGCAUGAUCUUCUCCAGUACUUUGUAUAGUGUGUGAUGUACUAAAUACAUUUAUGUGUAAUUUUGUGCACAUUUUUUGUAUGGUAUAAUUAACAUUAUUACAUUUAACUGGUUGUAAUUCACAAAAAGUGCUAUUUAUUGUAUUCUGUAGGGUGUUGUGAUUGUUUUUAAUCUGUGUUUCAACAUGGUGUCGGGUUUAAUAGAUGAAUAUUUGCCUUCAGUCUCUGCUCAGGUAUUAAUGUGUAGCAAUUUUUGGUGCUUUCUUUUUAAUGUCAUAAUCUGGUGUUCUGAAUGGUCAAUAAAUUUGGUGAACAAGAACA